AAAAAUAACAAAAAAUCAAAGGGGUCACCACCAAAGUGGAUUUCAGAAUCUCAGCGUAUUUUCUUAAAAAAUUAAAGUAGAUUUCAUCAGAUUUUCAUGAUCUUCUACAAUGUCAUCAUCUCGUUGAUGGAGACGUGGCUCUCUGUCGUCUCCAUUUAUAUAUCAAAAAUUCCUUUCUCAAAUCCUUAUCCCACCAAUUCCUCCACUCAUGGCAAGAAACGCUUUGUUUUCAAGACGAUGGAGGUCAUCAUCCGAGACCACCACCACCGAAUUUGAUGAUGUUCAUGUUCUUGCUGUUGAUGAUAGCCUCGUUGAUCGGAAAGUCAUUGAACGUUUACUUAAAAUCACCUCAUGUAAAGUCACGGCGGUGGAAAGCGGUUGGAGAGCUUUACAAUACUUAGGCCUUGAUCAGGAGAAAUCUUCAUCCGAUUUCGUCAAUGAAUUGAAAGUGGAUCUGAUAAUCACUGAUUACUGUAUGCCUGGAAUGACUGGUUACGAAUUGCUCAAAAAAAUCAAGGGUUCAGCAACUUUCCGAGAGGUGCCAGUAGUGAUCAUGUCGUCAGAAAACGUCGUAGCACGGAUUGACAGGUGUUUGGAAGAAGGUGCGGAGGAUUUCAUUGUAAAGCCUGUAAAACUUUCCGACGUCAAACGAUUGAAAGAUUACAUGUUUGGUGAAAACCGAGGAACAAUCCCUACAAAUGACAUCAACAACAAAGAAGAAAAAGGAAGUCUCAACAAAAGAAAACUUCAACAAAUGUCCGAAACUUCCCCUUCCCCUUCGCCUUCCCCUUCACCUUCACCAUCACCAUCGCCAUCGCCAUCGCCGUCGCCGCCAACGGUGUCUCCGUCCGCCUCGCCAUCGCCGGCGACGGUGUCACCUGUAACAUCCCCAUCUCCGCCGAUGGUCUCUCCCUCAACUUCCCCAUCUCCGCCACAAUCUCCGUCGACAUCAUCAUCAUCAUCAACGCCUCCGAGGUCGCCACCCUUUUCUCCGUCACAACUAGAGUCCCCAACAAUGCGGCUUAAGGUGACCAACUCCGAUCACUACGAUCACUCCGAUCAAGCCUAAUAUUUUUCAAUUUUUCCCUUUUGAUAAUUUCAUCUUUUAUUAAUUUACAUCAUAGACAAGUAAGGCAAGUACUUGUACAUUUAAAAGUUGUUUUUUUUUUUUUUUUUUCUCCUAUGGCUUCUCCACUUCUUCUUCAAUGAAUUUACAGAUAUUACAAUUUUGAUAUGAUUCUAAAUUUCUAAUGUAUUUCUCUCUUUUCCUUUUUUACAAAAAAAUAAUUAAUUUUUAGGGUAAAUAAAUUAUGAAUCAGGGUAAGAAAGUUUUGUAACAAACAUGUAAAAUGAUGAUUUUACCCCUGCCGGAUGUGAAAAUAUUUCUUAAUUUUAUAAAUAUACACAAUUGAAAUAUUUUCUCAAA